UCUCUCGGCGCGGGGCUUGUGCGCUGCGGCCCCGGGCGCUCCGGCGGCGGCAGCAGCGCUUCGGCCGGGGGAGGAGGUGCCAGACUCCGGCGCCGCGUGCGGGCAACGAAGGGGAGCGGAGCGGCUGCUGAGGCGGCCUGAGGAGGAGUAGGAGGAAGGGAGCAGGGAGCAGCGCCGCUUGGUCGGCCCGGCGGUGCUGCUGCCGCCACUUCCCCGCUGGGCUCUCUCCUGCCCGCGAACUCGAUCCACUCCGGGAAACUCUCGGCUCGCCUCUCAGCCGCGCCGGCGGGGUCUCGACACGGGUCUCGGCCCCGGCGCGGCGGGCGGGGGAAGGGGGUGCGGGGGGCAACUUCUCGCACUUCUCCGGAGAAGGAUUUGGGUCGCCCCGCUCCGGGGGCGGCGGCGCCUGCAGUCCCCGCCGCGGCGGGAGAACUUUCGCCUCCGAUCGCGGGGCGGCGAGAGGGGCCCGGGUGCGCCGGCCGCGGCGGGAGCAGCGCGGCGGCGGCGGCGCCGGCCCGGCAGCCGCGGAGAUGAAGCUGAGCCGGCAGUUCACGGUGUUCGGCAGCGCGGUCUUUUGCGUGGUGAUCUUCUCCCUGUACCUGAUGCUGGACCGCGGCCACUUCGACCAUCCGAAGAGCCCCCGGCGGGAGGGCACCUUCCCCAAGGGCCAGCUUUCAAUAUUGCAAGAAAAAAUAGAUCAUCUAGAACGCCUGUUGGCAGAAAAUAAUGAGAUUAUUUCAAACAUACGCGAUUCUGUGAUCAAUCUGAGUGAAUCAGUAAAGGAUGGUCAAAAAAAUCCAGAAGCUAUAAACUUCAGUCAAGGGUCUGUUUCUGAGCUGUUCCCUUCUGCUUCAGUUUUGUUCACAGUUGAUUCUGAGGAUUGUUUGUUUGCUUCAAAAAGUGGAAGUCACAGUUCAGAUGUACAGAUGCUGGAUGUCUAUGAUAUUCUUCCUUUCGAUAAUCCAGAUGGUGGCGUUUGGAAACAAGGAUUUGAUAUCACAUACAAUGAAAAUGAAUGGGACAGCGAACCACUUCAAGUUUUUGUUGUGCCUCACUCACAUAAUGAUCCAGGUUGGCUGAAGACUUUUGAUGAUUACUUCAGAGAUCAGACACAGCAUAUUUUAAAUAACAUGGUUAUAAAACUGCAAGAAGACAACCGAAGGAAAUUUAUAUGGUCCGAGAUUUCUUACUUUUCAAAAUGGUGGGAUGGAAUAGAUAGCCAAAAAAAAGAUGCCGUUAAAAGGUUAAUAAAAGAUGGACAAUUUGAAAUAGUAACAGGAGGAUGGGUCAUGCCUGAUGAAGCUUCUGCUCAUUAUUUUUCUUUAAUUGACCAACUGAUAGAAGGACACCAGUGGCUAGGAAAGAACCUUGGAGUAAAACUGAAGUCUGGAUGGGCAGUUGAUCCAUUUGGGCAUUCACCAACAAUGGCCUACCUUCUGAAGCGCACAGGAUUUUCCAAUAUGCUUGUGCAGAGAGUUCAUUAUUCAGUUAAAAAGCAUUUUGCAACACAAAAGACACUAGAAUUUUUUUGGAGACAGAACUGGGAUUUGGGAUCCAGUACGGAUAUUCUUUGUCAUAUGAUGCCUUUCUAUAGCUAUGAUAUUCCUCAUACUUGCGGCCCAGAUCCGAAAAUCUGCUGCCAGUUUGAUUUCAAACGGCUUCCUGGAGGAAGAGUAAGUUGUCCUUGGAGAGUUCCACCAGAAGCUAUUCAUGCUGGAAAUGUUCAACACAGGGCUUGGAUUAUAUUAGAUCAAUACAGGAAGAAGUCAAAACUUUUCCGUACAAAAGUCCUGUUGGCUCCACUUGGGGAUGAUUUCCGCUAUGCUGAGAGCUCAGAAUGGGAUCAGCAGUACCAGAAUUAUCAGAAGUUGUUUGAUUAUAUGAAUUCUCGUCCUGAGUGGCAUGUUAAGGCCCAGUUUGGAACUUUAUCUGAUUACUUUGAAGCUCUGCGCAAAGAAAGCAAUUUGGGUGAAAAGAGCAGCAAUUCAUUUUUUCCUGUUUUAAGUGGAGACUUCUUCACCUAUGCAGACAGAGAUCAUCAUUACUGGAGUGGGUACUUUACAUCACGACCCUUCUAUAAACGCCUGGACAGAGUCUUGGAGUCCUACAUACGGGCAGCUGAAAUUCUCUACUCCUUGGCUUUAGUACAGUCCAGUAAAUCUGAGAAGAUGAGUGUAUUUCCUUCUGUGGAUAACUAUAAAUUGCUGACAGAAGCUAGGAGGAACCUCGGACUCUUCCAGCAUCAUGAUGCUAUUACAGGAACAGCCAAAGAUUGGGUGGUUGUGGAUUAUGGCACCAGGCUUUUCCAUUCAAUAAUGAACUUGAAGAAAGUGAUAAUUGACUGUGCUCAUAUUCUUAUCCUAAAGGACAAAAGUGCUUAUAAUUACGACACAGCAACUCCAUUCCUGAAGAUGGAUGAUAUUCAAGCUUCUCAAGAUUCUUUGCCACGCAAGACAGUUAUAAAGCUGACAUUGCAACCAAGAUACCUUUUGAUAUAUAAUCCUACGGAACAAGAGCGAUUUUCAGUGGUUUCAGUCAAUGUGAAUUCAGCCAGAGUUAAAUUAUUGUCUCCUUUGGGAAAACCUGUUACUGUCCAAAUUAGUGCUGUUUGGGAUGGAGCAACUACAGUAUCACAUGAAGCUUAUCAGAUCUCUUUUGUGGCACAUCUACCACCUCUUGGGAUUGGAGUUUACCAGCUUUUGGAGGAUGAGAGUUCAGAAGCAGUUUUAGCUGACUAUAACAUAUAUGUAAGAAAUAGCAGACAGGAGAAGCCAGACAGAGUUUUCAAGAUAAAAGAGAUGCAGAAUUCUGUGGAUAAUAUAAUCUUAGAAAAUGCAUACAUGAAACUGUGGUUUUCUGGAAUGUCUGGAUUACUGGAGAAAAUUAAUACCAAAGAAGAUGGUAAAAACCAUCAAAUGAAGGUGGAGUUUGCUUGGUAUGGAACUACCAGUAACCGAGAUAAAAGUGGAGCUUAUCUCUUCUUACCAGAUGGAGAUGCCAAGCCUUAUAUUUUUACAGACCCACCUGUCAUAAGAGUUACUCAUGGAAAGAUUUUCUCAGAAGUUGUUUGUUUUUUUCACCACAUGACACAUACCAUGCGGCUGUAUAAAGUCCAGGGUUUGGAAGGACAGUCUCUUGAAGUUUCCAAUAUUGUGGACAUUAGAGGAGAAUAUAACCGUGAACUUGCAAUGAGAAUUUCAUCUGACAUAAACAGUCAAAAUAGAUUCUAUACUGAUCUUAAUGGAUAUCAGAUCCAGCCCAGACUGACGAUGAGCAAGUUGCCUCUUCAAGCAAAUAUCUAUCCUAUGACUACCAUGGCUUAUAUCCAAGAUGUUGGUGUUCGUUUGACACUUCAUUCAGCUCAGUCUCUAGGUGUUGCAAGCUUGAAAAAUGGUCAGCUGGAAGUGAUCAUGGAUCGCCGGCUUAUGCAGGAUGACAACCGUGGCCUUGGACAAGGUGUUCAAGAUAACAAGAUUACAGCUAAUGUCUUCCGACUGCUGUUGGAAAGAAGACGUGGAACAGAUGUGAAGGAAGAGAAGGCACCAGUCAGUUUUCCGUCACUUCUUAGUCAUAUGACUUCUCUUUUCUUAAAUCAUCCUGUAAUUCCAAUGACGAUUAAUGCAGAUUCAGGUGUCCCAGAGCUGAUAAAUACUUUUGCUCCACUGAUGUCAUCCAUGCCUUGCGACAUGCAUAUAGUCAAUCUGAGAACAAUCCAAGCAAAGGUAGAUACCAAGCCAUCUGAUGAAGCUGCUCUGGUACUUCACAGAAAGGGAUUUGAUUGUAGAUUUUCAAACAGAGACAUGGGUCUGCUCUGUUCCACUACUCAGGGAAAGAUAAAGGUGCACAAACUCUUUAGCAAAUUCAGAGUGGAAAGUCUUACACCCACAUCUUUAUCUUUGAUGCAUUCACCUCCAGAUGCCAGAAAUAUAAGUGAAAUAAAUAUGAGUUCUAUGGAGAUAAAUACGUUCCGGAUUCGGCUGAGAUGAAAUCUGUCUUUACUACUCAAAUAGAGAAGAAGAAUCUGCAAUUGUAUCUCCUCUGAGUUUCACGUGCAAUAAGAAGCACAUCAAUGUUAUUCAAGCUUCUGGAUACUGUGAGAAAAAGAUGCAUCCUAUAAUUUUUUUUUUUAUCAACACAAUGGAAAGCCAUGUUGCAAGCAACUUUUUUUUUUGUUCAGGUUUUUUUAUUUCCCCAAAAAAUAGCAACCUCAUUAUCAGUUAAUGCAACAAGUGAAGAAAUUUCUAUGGAUGUUAACCUCUCAAUAGAUUAAAUCUCAGGUUAAAUGCUAAUUAAUGAUGGUUUUGGUGUUUUAAUUUUCAUAAAUAGGGGAUUAGAUUUUAAACAGCCUUCUUUUCCUGAUUCUUGAUGAAUUUAUGUACAAAUAACUCAGUGUAGGAAGUCCUGAUGCAGCUUGGAAAUAAAAUGGAAUAAAAUGUUCCUGUGUGGUAGCUAAUGUCCAAAUAUUUGCAAUCAUUUAUAUAAAUGACAAUAAUCUCAAUUUAUUCCACAAUUAAUUUCAAUUUAUUCAACACAAAGGGGAUUAUUAAUUGUGGUAAAAUGAAAGCCUGCAGUACUUGUGAUAAGUGAUGGUAGAUUUUAAUACUUCUACCAUUCACCUGAGUUAUGUAAAUAGGAAAACGUGAACCUACAAAGUAAUUUUGCAAUGGAAAUGUUUGUUAAAACUCCCAUUUUGUUACUUGACACACUGGGAUAUGUGCAAUUAUUACAUUACCAUGAUGAGAAAUGUCCAUAAUUAUCAUGAGUACAAGAUUUUUUAUAAAACUCAUUUAGAUACCAGUGUUCUCUGAAAUGAGUUUUCUAUUUCAAGAUUACCAUAUCAAAAUAAAUGUGCCUUAUUUUUUGAUAUGUCUUGUUACAAUUUUGGUGUCUAUGUUAAUGUUUUUGGGGAAAAGGUUGUUUAUAUAAUACUUAAGCUGUGUAUCUCCUGUUUGACAAUGCUGGCCACACUGAUCUAUGUACUCCUGCACCAAGUUUGUGCUAUCUUAUUCUGAACAUUUUGACUAUUUGAAUGUAUUAAUAUGAUGUCAUGACGUGAAACACCGACAAAAAAAGAAUAACUGUAGAAGCUAAAUUCAGCUGCUUUCAAGAAAAUUGCAACUUGAUGCAGAGAGUUGAUAGUAAGCAAGACAUAGUUUGCAAACCCAUCAAAACGUGCUUGCAUGUCACAGAAUGUGGUGACCUGUUAAUUCAGAAUCAUGUGCCUAUAUUUUAAACAACGUUUUUCAAACUUGGAACCUCAUAUUGCCAGUGUUCAUGUUACUGAAGAAUGGAGAUUUUGCUUUUUCCCAUAUUAGUUCAUAUUUAGUACUUAAGCCAUCCAAGUGUGAGUAUUUCCCUAAGUAGAGCUGCUGUUUACAGUUAAUAUAUAUAAACAUUCACUUGCAUAUGAGCCCAUUUUAUAGUCUUCAUUUAUUUUCAUAGCUUGUUCUUCUAUGUCUUGCUUAUGCUUUCCUUUUCCAUACCUUGUUGCUUAUCCUCAAUACUAAUGCAUGAAAAGUCAUCAUAACUGGUAAAAAGAUGUGCUAGCUCUAAUAUUGCCUCCUGUAUUUAAUUUCAUCAUUGUUGUUCAACAAUUAUAUCAAAUAUCGAAGUCUAUGAAAUUAUUCCAUGUAGCUACAGGCUAUCUAAAAAGACAAUGAAAGUCAUACUUACAUUUCAUGCAUUGUCACAGGUUGGAUCUCAGUUGAGAUUGUGUAGAUUUUCUUACUUAAUUCAAUCUGCUGUGUGUUUUGUAAUAAUGGGAAUACUUAGUAGGAUCUGGUGCAAGUUACAUCAAGAAUAUAGGAACCACUAACCACAAAUGGAAGAAUCAGAUAGAUCCAAUUAAUGGAUGUUUUCAUGCAAUAAACAUGUACUGUAACUUUUCUUAGAAAGAGUAUUUGAAAAUACUGGUUUUUGUUGGAACUCAAAGCUUAGUAGGCUUGCCAGCAGAAAUUUCUCAUACCAUUUAUUUUGUUGCUUCUUCAGAAUUAAAAUGUUUAAGAGACUUCUAUGUGUUCUGUGCAACAAAACAUUCAAAAUACUAUUUCAGUUUUGUUAGGCAGAAAGGAAAAUUUUGAUGCAAUAAAGUUUUAAAGUAUUUUGCCUCUUGGAAUUGCUUUGAAAGAUUAUUCAUAUAGCAUUUGUUCUUUACUUUUAUCAUCAGCUGUACAAUCAUGAUGCCUGAAUUUUCCUUAACCAGCAGAUGUAAUCCUUGUUCCUUUAUUUUGCUUCUUUUUGUUUGUGUGAUGACAGCUUUCAAUUCAAGAUCCUUUCCUGAAAUCCUUAACUAAGUCAAAACUCCCGUCAAAGUCUCAAAAAAAAAUUUGCUUGAAUUGGUUCAGAAUGUGGCUGUCAAUGAGGUUGUGUUUUCAUUGAUUUGGGCUUUUGUUGGAUUUUUGGUUUGUUUUUUUUUCCACAAGUCUCAAUGAAUUCUUAUGCAGUAUUUCUGUGAAUUGGCCAUCUGAUUCAAUUGUAUUAUUUUGGGGUUUUUCUGUUUUUAUAGCUGCUGGGUUUGUAGCUAUUGGUUAAGAGAAAUCAGCAUCUUUACCUUGCCAGUAUGAUUUUAAAGACAAUGUUGUGUAAGAAAUAGUUUAAAACCUUGUAAUUACUUUCCAAACCAGAAUUGUACCUGUUCUGAUUUUAUGGUUUGGGGGUUUUUUACAUUCCUUAAUCUUAAUUUUCUUUGGUUUACUUGCUCAUAUUGUCUGAAACAAACUGAUUUCAGCUGAAGGUUUUUGAUAUUUUCUCUUGGAAGGUUUUAUAUCUUAUGGGGAUAUGUAAAAUAAGAUCUCUAAUAAAAGGUAAUGUUAUUGUGA